AUGGAGAAUACGUUCAUUCCACAGGCGAUUGAGAUUGUAAAGCAGGCGAUCGAUGAGGACAACAGCAAGAACUACCAAGAAGCGUUUCGGCUGUACAAGAAAGCGCUGGAGCACUUUAUGGUCGGCGUCAAGUAUGAGAAGAACCCGACGUCGAAGGACGUGAUUAUGAAGCGUGUGGAAGGCUACAUGACACGUGCAGAGCAGUUACGAGGGAUGCUGGAGAAAGAGAAUGCACCCAAGGCAGUGGCAGCUGCAGUGGAUGUGGACAAAGGAGAAAAAGACGACGACGAUGAGACGAACGUCGAGAAGGCAAAAUUACGUGGUGUACUGACCUCGGCUGUUGUCACGGAAAAGCCUAAUGUAAAAUGGGAUGAUGUCGCGGGACUUGAUGCUGCAAAGGAAGCGUUGAAAGAGGCAGUGAUUUUACCGGCUCGAUUCCCGCAGCUUUUUACGGGAAAGCGUCGUCCUUGGAAAGGCAUUCUGCUGUACGGACCCCCAGGUACGGGUAAGUCUUACCUUGCUCAAGCCGUCGCAACAGAAGCAGACGCCACGUUUUUUGCCGUCUCAUCAUCUAGCUUGGUAUCUAAGUGGCAAGGCGAGAGCGAGAAGUUGGUCAAGAACCUUUUUGAGAUGGCGCGCGAAAGGAAACCUGCUAUUAUUUUCAUCGACGAAAUCGACUCGCUGUGUUCGAGUAGGUCUGAGGGUGAAAGCGACUCCACGCGCCGUAUAAAGAACGAAUUUCUUGUUCAGAUGCAAGGUGUGGGCAACAACCAUGACGGCGUUCUGGUGCUCGGAGCUACGAACGUACCAUGGGAACUUGAUCCAGCGAUGCGACGACGUUUCGAGAAGCGUAUAUACAUUCCGCUUCCUGAGGUCCCUGCACGGAAAGUGAUGCUGGCAAUCCAUUUAGGUGAUACGCCGAAUGAACUGAGCGAUGCAAACUUUACAGCAAUUGCAGAGAAAACGGAAGGCUGCUCAGGCUCCGAUAUCUCUGUGCUCGUACGGGACGCAUUGAUGGUACCACUUCGCAAGUGUCAACAAGCGCAGUUUUUUACUCCGUGCGAUGACAAGGCGCACCCGAUUCGAAAUGGUCCAUUUCUGACACCCUGUGAAGACGACCCACCAUGUGCGUAUUGCCACAUGAAGCUCUCUUCAUGUCGCCCAACAUGCUCAGACUGCCAGGCCCCGUGUCGACGUUGUGGAGCGUUGCGCAUGCAACUGUACGAUUUGCCAGGGCGAGGCUUCUCCGAUGAAAAGCUGCGGCCGCCUAUGGUUUCAAUGGAUGACUUCAUAAGGGUGUUGGAGCACUCGACUGCAACUGUCGCUUCCGCUGAGCUCAGUCACUUCGUCAAGUGGACACAAGAGUUUGGACAAGACGGCUAG